AUGGCUAGUGUGGAGGAUGAGGAGGAUCGGCUGAGCCCGCGACCCUCUCCUUUAGGGCUGGAUGUGGUGCGGUCUGCAGGUCUCUACCUCAAUGCCGACUCUCUUCUGCCGGUGGCUUUGCAUGGGCACGCCAACCCUAGCCAGAAUACGUCCGGUGGCUGCCCGGGCAUUUUGGGACAUAGUGACUUUCUAUCAUUCCUGGAGCCCUUGGUCGGAGUGCCCAUGCACAUGCUACAGGUGACCGACACUUUGGGCAGGGAGAUAGUUGUGGACGACCUGCGUCAGUACACGCACGCCGUGUUGCUUCCCCGCGUGGCGCCCUCGACCCGGGCGAACAUCUACUGGAUCCAGGAUAAGCUCCGACGUGGGGAACUCUCUCUUGUCUGCUUUGCCCAGGAACAGGGUUGGACCCUUGAUGGCAGUACAGGCUGGGCACCGCAUGCGAACGCACUAGUGUGGUCCAUUUCACAUGCGGGGCUUGCCUUCCCGGCCCUUCUACGGCACUGCCUGCGCAGUCCGCGGAGGGCCCAGCUCCUUCGACCGCUGCUGCGGACAUGGACGGCGGGUGUGCAGGCUCCGCCGGCCGCUAUAGGAUCUGCCUCCUAUGUGGUUGCCUGUAUUACGGCAGAGCUGAAAGAGCUGCUACGAGGGAUCCUGGAGGACAUCAAUGCGACAGCCCCUCGCUGGCUGGUUGACGCGAUGUGGUACGGGACGGCCCCUUGGUCGCCGCCGCCGCUCUGCACUAUUCUGGCUACACACAUGUUGUGGCGCGGCCACUAUCAGUAUGUGGGAUGGCUGCUGUCCCUGGGCGCUGAUGCCUGCGUCCUCCGACAUCGCGCCUCCUUGCGGCAGCCAGCCUCGGGGCCGACCCGGCGGUUUUGCCCAGGCAUGCGGCUGCUCACAUGGGGGUGUGCGGGUGGGGCUCGACUGGCCCGAUCAACGUUUACCGGCCGGAUGGGAGCCGUUUUCUCCGUUGACGAGCCGGUUCUUCAUCGGGAUUUGCAGCCAUUCCCCGCAGUGGGGGUUCAGUGUCUGCCCCACGGCGAUGGCUUCACGAAUGAGCCAAAUGGUAUCAUUGUUAGCGGCAACUACCAGCUAGUCAUCUGCAACCCCAUGGAGAACGCCUCUGUUCUUGAACGGCAGGCCCAUCUCCGCGACUCGCUGCUCUACGACGAUCCGGCCUCGCUGGAACGGGCCCCUCAAGCGGCGGGUGGCUUCACCACCUGCUGGGUUUGGGGGUCUACUCUCUUCCCGGUGGUAUGGGCGCUGGACCAGCCUGGCGUCGUCCUAACGCGUAUCUUGGAAGUUGCGCCUCUGAGGCAACUACCUAGUGGGUGGCUACGCUCGGGGAUCGAAGAGGCAGCGCAGCGGGGUGAUACGCUACAGGUUGCCACCCUGGUACGACAUCUCCGAGCGCACCCCCCCCUUGACGUGGAGGCGGACGACGCUGUGCCGGACCCGGGGCACCUCUCGCUCAUUCCUGCGGUGAAAGCCGGCAGCGCUGCUGCAGUGUAUGAGAUACUGGCGGCGGGCUACCCCACAGAAGGACCCCUACUGACACGCGCUCUGCUGGCUGCAGUUGAGUCCACUGCCCCGCUUGAGACUUUGCGCCUCCUGCUGAUUGCUAGAGCAGACCCGGGUUUCACCCGUCGAGGAGACGAGGGGGACGCCACACCCUUUGGGCUUGCAAUUUUUAAUCGCAUGUGGGACACCGUCCGCCUUCUCCUAUGCAAUUCGAUUGCGCACAAGCCCGUCACUAUGUUUUGA